AUGUCUGUAAAGAAGAUCAAUACAUAUAAAAUUCUUUACGUUUUGACAUUGAUAUUUAGUUUUUUGCUUCAUGGUGUUUGUGAAGAUUAUGAGGAUGAUGAUUUUGAUGAUGAUAUUAGUACCGAUGAUCAGAAUCAGAAUCUGAACAACAAUCCGGCCGCGGUUCAGUUAUUCUCGGACCUUGCUUUCAGCCGCUUCUCUAACAUCUCCUAUGUCUUCAAGGAUGAUAUCAAAAAACAAUUUGCUUUUUGCAUUACUGAUGUGGAUGCAGAUUGGAAUGACGCAUUCAAUUUCUCGAAAAACACGAAUUUCUUGGCCAAUUGUGCCAAAACAACAAAAGGAGACAUGCUGCAACGCCUGUGCACAGCUGCAGAAAUCAAGUUCUACUUUAACAGCUUCUAUCAGAGUGGAGGUCAAGCAAAGAAGGCCUUUCUGAAGCCUAACAAGAACUGCAAUUUAUCAUCUUGGCUUUCUGGAUGCGAGCCAGGAUGGGCAUGCAGUGCUGGUAAAGAUAAGAAAGUUGAUCUGAAAAAUUCCAAGGACAUGCCUGUUAGAGUCCAGACUUGCUUACCUUGUUGUGAGGGCUUCUUUUGCCCUCGGGGAAUUACUUGUAUGAUACCUUGUCCAUUGGGUUCUUACUGCCCAACUGCAAAGCUCAAUAAAACUACUGGCAUAUGUGACCCAUACCGUUAUCAAUUACCUCCUGGUAAGCCAAACCAUACAUGUGGAGGAGCUGAUGUUUGGGCGGAUAUUACCAGUAGUAGUGAGGUAUUCUGUUCAGCAGGAUCGUACUGUCCGUCUACCAUCCAAAAACUUCCUUGCAGUUCGGGACAUUACUGCAGGACAGGUUCUACAGCUCAACAAAAGUGCUUCCGGUUGGCAACUUGUAAUCCAAUGUCAUCAAAUCAAAAUAUUACUGCGUAUGGCCUCAUGCUUUUUGCUGGAUUAAGUUUCCUAGUUGUCAUUAUAUACAAUUGUUCUGAUCAAGUUCUUGCAACUCGAGAGAAGAGGAAAGAGCAGUCCAGGGAGAAGGCAGUUCAGAGUGUAAGAGAAACUGCCCAAGCACGUGAAAAAUGGAAAUCAGCAAAAGACAUUGCUAGGAAGCAUGCAAUCGGGCUGCAAACACAGUUAUCACGUACAUUCUCCAAAAGAAAAUCUCAAAAGCAACCAGACCUAACUAGAGGUGUAAGUCAAGCUAAACCUGGAACAGAUGCUGCGUUACCCCCCAUGCCUUUUGGUGCAUCUCAGCAAUCAAAAAAUAAGGAAAAAGGGAACCUAACAAAGAUGUUACAUGAAAUAGAAGACAACCCUGAGAGUCAUGAUGGAUUUAACAUAGAUAUUGGAGAUAAACAUGCAAAGAAAAAUGCACCAAGGGGGAAGCAGUUGCAUUCUCAGAGCCAAAUGUUCAGGUAUGCAUACGGUCAAAUUGAAAAGGAGAAAGCUCUCCAGGAGCAGAACAAGAACUUGACUUUCUCCGGGGUGAUUUCAAUGGCUAAUGAUAUUGAAAUCACAAAGAGGCUUACAAUUGAGGUUGCCUUCAAAGAUUUAACAAUCACUUUGAAAGGAAAAAACAAACACCUAAUGAGGAGUGUAACUGGGAAAUUAUUGCCUGGUCGAGUUUCAGCUGUUAUGGGUCCGUCUGGGGCUGGAAAAACAACGUUCCUUUCAGCUUUGACUGGAAAAGCACCGGGUUGCAUCAUGACUGGUACGGUUCUUAUAAAUGGGAAGGACGAGCCAAUUCAAGCAUAUAAGAAAAUAAUAGGUUUUGUUCCACAAGAUGAUAUUGUACAUGGAAACUUGACAGUGGCGGAAAAUCUCUGGUUCAGUGCUAGAUGUAGACUUGCUGCUGACCUGCCGAAACCAGAAAAGGUUCUAGUUGUUGAAAGAGUCAUCGAGUCCUUGGGGUUGCAGGCCGUGAGGGAUUCUCUAGUUGGGACAGUGGAGAAGAGGGGAAUCUCUGGGGGUCAAAGGAAACGGGUAAAUGUUGGGCUAGAAAUGGUAAUGGAACCUUCACUUUUGAUAUUAGAUGAACCAACAUCUGGCUUGGACAGUUCAUCUUCCCAAUUACUACUUAGAGCUCUUCGACGUGAAGCUCUUGAAGGAGUAAACAUUUGUAUGGUCGUUCACCAGCCAAGCUAUACCUUGUUCAGGAUGUUUGAUGAUCUGAUACUUCUAGCAAAGGGUGGUCUUACAGUAUAUCAUGGAUCAGUGAAGAAAGUCGAAGAGUAUUUCGCUAGCCUUGGAAUUACUGUCCCUGAACGUGUCAAUCCUCCAGAUUACUUCAUUGACAUUUUGGAGGGUAUAGUAAAGCUAAACACAAGCACAGGUUUGACUACAAAACAACUACCAGUGAGAUGGAUGCUUCAUAAUGGCUAUCCUGUUCCCAUGGAUAUGUUGAAGAGUAUCGAGGGAAUGGCAGCAUCUGGUGAAAAUUCAGCUCAUGGAGGAAGUUCACACGGUGGUACAUCAGAUGCACAGUCUUUUGCUGACGACUUUUGGCAAGAUGUGAAAUGUUCUGUUGAGACUAAGAAGGACAACUUACAGCACAAUAUCCUAAAGUCAAUUGACUUGUCACAAAGGGAAACUCCUGGUGUAUUCAAGCAGUACAGAUACUACCUUGGAAGGGUUGGAAAGCAAAGGUUACGAGAUGCCAGGACACAAGCUGUAGAUUUUCUAAUUUUAUUGCUUGCUGGGAUUUGCUUAGGAACACUUGCUAAAGUGAGCGAUGAGACAUUUGGAGCAUUGGGUUAUACAUACACAGUUAUUGCAGUUUCUCUCCUAUGCAAGAUUGCUGCUUUGAGAUCAUUUUCUCUGGACAAGCUACACUACUGGAGAGAGCGUUCUUCUGGUAUGAGCAGCCUGGCUUACUUCCUCGCAAAAGAUACAAUUGACCAUUUCAAUACAAUCGUCAAGCCCCUGGUGUAUCUCUCUAUGUUCUACUUCUUCAACAAUCCAAGAUCAUCCGUCACCGACAACUACUUUGUUUUAGUGUGUCUGGUAUACUGUGUAACUGGCAUAGCAUAUGUAUUGGCCAUCCUUUUCCAACCGGGUCCAGCUCAACUGUGGUCAGUGCUUCUUCCCGUCGUUUUGACUCUGAUAGCAACUCAUGGUGAUAACAGCAAGGCUGUUGAUAUUAUAGCUGACUUGUGCUAUACCAAAUGGGCUCUGGAAGCCUUUGUAGUAUCAAAUGCUAAAAGAUAUUCUGGAGUGUGGCUAAUAACCCGAUGUGGUUCACUUUUGCAAAAUGGGUAUGAUCUCAACCAUUUUGGUCGGUCUCUGAUCUUCCUUGUCCUAACUGGCAUACUUAGCCGUACAGUUGCUUUCUUUUGUAUGGUAACCUUCUCUAAGAAAUAA